AUGAAUGAUUACUUCAUCGAUUAUAACCCACGCUUCCCAAUAUUUGCUAUUAGAGUAGUAAAAGGCCUUGCCAUUCACAGAGUGUCAGACCACGCUAGACUUGCAGUAAUUCCUAUUAGAAAUAUAGCUUUAGUGGCGAAUUACAAUUGGGACGUUUCCACUGGUAAAUUUCUGUCAAUUUUCUUCAAGGAUGGAACCAUUAGGAUUCACGAUAUCUUUAAAGACGGUAGAUUAGUCUCAUUUUUAAGAAUACCGAGAACAAAUAUAUCAAGAGGUAUAUGGGACCGAAUUCCAUUAAAAUAUGAAUCUGGUCAUCGAAGUUUUGCCUAUAAUGUAAUCGAUGUAUUACCAAAAUUAAUUCGAUUCGUCAAGGAUUCUAAAAGAGUAACUAUUGCACCUUACACUCCACCGAAUAGUCUAUGGAGAGGUCCCGAUGAGGAUGAUCCUGAAAAUCGUGAAAAAUUAGACAUUCACGUAAUAUUUAAUGAAGGAAACGACAAAAUCACAGUUUUUUUUAAUGGUGACUACGCUAUUCUUUUGCCAGUAAGUGAUUUUGAGAACGAGAAGAUCCUUAAAUCGGUAGUUAAAGUACAGGAUGGUUUUUAUCAUUGCUUAUAUAAUGAUGGAACUGUAUCAACUUUAAACUUGGAACGGCUAUUACAGAGCGAACCAUCAGUGGACUUAUUGCGCUAUAUGAUGGUAAUAAAAGAGCUUAUAGGUUACUUGCUCGCGCAUAUAGAGUUUAUUAACCGGGAAUUAACAACGCCGUAUGUGGAUUUCCUCAAAAGAAUAUGUGAUGAAGCCUAUGGGUAUAGUAAGCUGAAGUCAGAACUAGAAUGUUUAUUUUUAUUAGGAGAAGUUCCAUGCGAUUUAGACGAUUGGUUAUGCAAUGCAGUGGGUGAGAAGAAUUUCAAAAGAUGGAAAGUUUUGGGCUGCGAAGCUUACCAAAAGACUGUUCAGGUUUUUACUUUGGCGUUUGUGCCCACAUGUGAAAGGAUCAUUAUUUUUGUCCAAAAAGUAAAAGGUGUAUUAGAAGCCUUUUCUAUUCAAGAUGAAUCUGACAAUAAUGCUGAUUUAACAGCAGUUGAACUUCUAUUAAAACAAUCUCAGGAGCUAUUGAAUAUUACUUUGAAAUCAAUAAUUGACCUGGGAAAAGAUGAAGCACUUUUUGAAAAGUUCUUGAUGUGGUUUAACGAUAGGAUUCAUGAAGGGCUAGACGAGGACUACAAAUCCAAAUUUGAAUUUGAAGAUGACCCUUACUUUGGGUACGACUUAUUAAAUUUCUUUGAGAAAUUUUUAUUUGGCGGAAAUACAGAUUCCAGCUCGGUAAUCGAUAUGAAUCUCUAUAGAGAUCUAAUUAAUAGCAUGACUGAUAUGGAGAAAGAUAUUGCAAAGAACAAUGUAAAUCCACAUAUCCAACGGCAAAUUUUAUUUCAAUCAAAAGCGGAUGUUUUUUCACAAAGGUACCCGUCCUCUCAAAUAAAUUUACUUGAUGCCAUAAAACUACCAAAACAGAAUUAUAUUGUUUAUCUCCUUCAGGUGACUGAAAAAAAGAAUACUCAAGAGGCUCCUAUGGAAGCAAAUACACAAAAGUUAUAUAUAGGGACACUGAAAGAUGAAUCCCUAAAUAUCGUAUCAAGGGAAUCGUCUAUCAAGAUUCCAGAGCCUUUUAAGAGCUAUGAUUUGAACAGUGCAAGAUUCGCACCGAAAAUGGUUCCCAACUUCAUCAGGGAAAUUGAACAGAUAAACAGUAACUAUAACUAUAAUCACAAUGCUAAAUUUGGAGAGGAAGAAGAUGACGACGAGGAAGAUGAUGGCACUAUAACUAUUCCUACAUAUAUUACGGAAAGUGAGAAAAGUGAAGAUUUCAUAGCAUGCACCACGAAGAUUUCGGUAGAUGGGAGAAGCGCCUCACUGGUGUUUCCAAAAGGAAACGAAGUCAAUAAAAAUAUAAAUAGAUAG